AUGGAGACUGGUUGCAGCAUUUGUUUAAAAACAAUUAGUAAUAAAAAACAACGUAUACGUACAGUAACAAUCGAUGCUGAAGCUAAAAUUCAGUUUGGUUAUUAUUCUCUUCACCAUAGAGAUUUAAAUAGAUCUCUUAUUAAUACAAAAGUUCAUGCAAAGUGCUAUCACAAGUACCACGAUCGGUGGUACAAUACAUCGAUAAGAGGCACCAAGGUGCCAAAAGUCUCAAACACCUUUGAAGAUAAAUCGAUGUUAGUGAAUGAUGAAAAUUCUAUGCCGGAUAAAUACUCAUUGCUGGAUAAUUGUAACAUCGAAGAGGGCGAAUAUGAAGAUCAUGAUGAUAAUAAUGACGAUGAUGCUGAUCAUUAUGAAACAACUAAAUUAUUAUCUUCUAAUGAGCCUUCGUUGAAUCAGUUGAUUUCUCAUAAAAAAAACAUCAGUUCUUAUAGAUAUUUCUAA